ACGAUAAAUUUAAAUAUGUCAAGUAUUUAGUGUGUUUAACUUGAGGGGCAGGAUGUACGUUUUUAUAUAUAGACGAAUAAGUGAUAUAUAGCAUUUAAAAUUACAUAUAUUCGUAGAAAUGAAGAAAACCAAAGACAAAGUUCUUAAAAUGGACAGUAAAAUUGAAGAAAAGGAGGAUUUUUCCGUCGAGAACGACAAACAAACCGGCACAUAUAAUUCAAGAGAAGAUAAAGAUCAAGACGAGGAGCAUGCAUCGAGUUUAAAGAACAAAACAACUGAAAGUCCAUUUGAGGAACGUAAUACAGAAAUUGCAGAUUCUGGAGUAGAACAAACAGAAGUAAAUACAGUUCAGUGGUUGCAUGGAAACAUAGAAACACGGUACAUUGACAAUCAUGGAUUUCAACACAUAUUUAUGUUUGACUCGACAAAGACAGCUUCUUUAACACUGAAAAUAAGAAAUGGGGAUCAACUUCUUGCUAUAAACGAUGACGAUGUUACAGUACUGCCCAAUAAAGACGUCGUGGAACUCUUAGAAAAAAUACCUUUAAAAACCAAUACAACAAUGACUUACUGGAGACCCUCUACAAACUGUGUCACAGUUGUAAAGUUUUGCUUAUAUUUAUCUGGAGAAAUAAUUCGGGCACGUUUCAUUGAUGCGUCUACAAUACCAGUGGGACCAGAUUGGAGCAGAAAUUUGUUCCGCGUUGUUGUUUUCAAUAAAACAGGAACACAUAUGUUUAUGCAACACUUAGAAAUUCAGAGUAAUAGAAUUGUUAUUAAGGAACUAUCAUCACCUGAACCGGGUAAAAAGGCAUGCGAUUUUGUUGAAUGUCGUUUUCUGGAAGAUAGAAGAAUUGAAAGUAAAGGAAUGUUUGCUUUUUACAUAAGGCGCUAUUCGACAAUAUUUAAAAACGGAGAAAAGAAAUAUCUGCACGUACCAGAUGAUGGCACCCUUGAUCUUGUUGAUGAGUUUAACAAAUCAUCAGAUUUCGAAUUGAUUCCAGCUCGGUAUUAUGCAUUUCUUGUUAUGAAUGAGAUGUCAACAGAUCGAUUUAUGAAGCUGGAAGGACACAAGGGUACAUUUGUGGAUGUAGACAUCAAACCAAUUGACAAAAUUGGGGAUGAAUUUAGAUUUCAACUAUUUACAUGUGGAAAACAAUGUAAUUCGAAACGUCCGUCUAACAAUUGUGUGAUUAUUUGACAUUGUGUAAAGAAUUCGUUCUUACAUUUGUUAUAACUAUAUUGUUUAAGACUGUUGAUCAUUAACUCUUAAAUGUGUACAUGUUAGCAAAUACAGUCAAAUGUAUACAUGUUAAAAUCUGAAAAUAGUUUAUUAAAUGUGUAUAAAAUAU